AUGCCGUCCACUCUCUCCCCGGCCGCCGCCGCUCAGAACGGUGAGCGAACCAACGGCGCUUCCACCCCCCAGCCUUACUCUGCGAACGACAACAUCCGCCGCUUCGAUGCUCCCUCAGGCGUCGGCAGCCCUCUUCAAGAUAUCCUCUUCCACAACAAAACAAGAUGCUUCGUCUAUGGCAUGCAGCCCAAAGCUGUCCAGGGUAUGCUCGACUUUGACUUCAUCUGCAAGCGUACCACACCCUCCGUGGCUGGUAUAAUCUACACUUUCGGCGGCCAGUUCGUCAGCAAGAUGUACUGGGGCACCAGCGAGACCCUCCUCCCCGUCUACCAAUCCGUAGACAAGGCCUUCGAGAAACACCCCGAUGUCGACACAAUCGUAAACUUUGCGUCCUCUCGCUCUGUCUACACCUCCACUAUGGAGCUUAUGGAAAUCCCUCAGGUCCGCUCCAUUGCCAUCAUCGCCGAAGGUGUGCCUGAGCGACGUGCCCGUGAGAUUAUGGUUACCGCCAAGGAGAAGGGCAUCACAAUCAUUGGCCCCGCGACUGUCGGUGGCAUCAAGCCUGGUGCGUACAAGAUUGGUAACACUGGCGGUAUGAUGGACAACAUCGUUGCCUCCAAAUUGUACCGCAAGGGUUCCGUUGGCUACGUCUCCAAGUCUGGUGGUAUGUCCAACGAGCUCAACAACAUCAUUUCUCAGAACACCGAUGGCGUGUACGAGGGCAUCGCCAUUGGCGGUGACCGAUAUCCUGGCACAUCCUUUAUUGAUCAUCUCCUCAGAUACCAGGCCGACCCUGAGUGCAAGAUUCUCAUGCUGCUCGGUGAGGUUGGUGGUGUCGAGGAGUAUCGCGUCAUUGAGGCUGUGAAGAAGGGCAUCAUCACCAAGCCCAUUGUCGCUUGGGCCAUUGGUACUUGUGCCGGCAUGUUCAAGACCGAGGUUCAAUUUGGACAUGCGGGUGCUUCCGCCAACUCGCAGCUCGAGACCGCCAUGGUCAAGAACCAGUCUAUGAAGGAGGCAGGUUUCUUUGUCCCAGAUACAUUCGAGGACAUGCCCGCUACUCUAGCUCAGGUCUAUCAGAAGCUUGUCAAGCAGGGCAUCGUCAAGCCCGCGCCCGAGCCAAUUCCUCCCAAGAUUCCCAUCGACUACGCCUGGGCCCAGGAGCUAGGGCUCAUCCGAAAGCCUGCUGCCUUUAUUUCUACUAUCUCCGAUGACAGAGGUCAGGAGCUCCUGUACGCCGGCAUGCCUAUCUCCGAUGUUUUCAAAGAGGAUAUCGGUAUUGGCGGUGUCAUGUCUCUGCUUUGGUUCCGCCGCCGUCUACCCAGCUAUGCCAGCAAGUUCCUCGAAAUGGUUCUCAUGUUGACUGCCGACCACGGUCCAGCUGUGUCCGGCGCCAUGAACACCAUCAUUACCACACGUGCCGGCAAGGACUUGAUCUCCUCCUUGGUCGCUGGUCUUUUGACCAUCGGUUCCCGAUUCGGUGGUGCCCUCGAUGGCGCUGCUGAAGAGUUCACUAAGGCAUUCGACAAGGGCUGGUCGCCAAGAGAAUUCGUCGACACCAUGCGCAAAGAGAACAAGCUCAUCCCAGGUAUUGGUCACCGUGUCAAGUCCCGCAACAACCCCGAUCUCCGUGUCGAGCUCGUCAAGGAGUUCGUGAUCAAGAACUUCCCAUCCCACAAGCUUCUCGACUACGCCGUUGCCGUCGAGACUGUCACCACUUCCAAGAAGGACAACCUUAUUCUGAACGUUGACGGCUGCAUAGCUGUGUGCUUCGUUGACCUGCUCCGCAACUGCGGUGCUUUCUCUCCUGAGGAAGCCGAGGACUACCUACGCAUGGGUGUUCUCAACGGUCUCUUCGUUCUUGGCCGAUCCAUUGGUCUGAUUGCCCACUUCUUGGACCAGAAGCGUCUCAGGACUGGCCUGUACCGUCAUCCUUGGGAUGAUAUCACCUACCUUCUUCCUCAGCUCGCAAAGGGCGGCCUUGGCAACGAGGGCAGAGUCGAGGUCAACGCCGCAUAA